AUGCUCCAUCCAUCAGGCCUGUGUCCCAUCCACGUGCCCCAGGCUCCAUCCAUCAGCCCCAGGCUCCAUCCAUCAGGCCCAGGUCUCAUCCACCUGCUCCAGGCUCCAUCCACUGCGCCUUAUGCCCAUCCACUGGCUCAUGUCUCAUCCAAUGGGCCAGUGCUCCAUCCACAGGCCCAGGCUCCAUCCAUCAGGCCUUGUGCUCCAUCCAUCAGCCCAGGCUCCAUCCAUCAGGCCCAGGCUCCCAUCCAUCAGGCUCCAUGCUCCAUCCAUCAGGCCCAGGCUCCAUCCACUGUGCCCAGGCUCAUCCACUGGCCCAGGCUCCAUCCAUUGCGCCCAGGCUCCAUCCAUCAGGCCCAGGCUCCAUCCAUCAGGCCUUGUGCUCCAUCCAACUGGCCUUUGUCCAAUCCAUCUGGCCCAUGCUCCAUCCAAUCAGGCCUCCAGGCUCCAUCCAUCAGGCCUGUGCUCCAUCCAUCAGGCCAGUGUCUCCAUCCACUGCGCCCCAUGUCUCCAUCCAUCAUGCCCAGGCUCCAUCCAUCAGCCAUUCAUCCAUGUGCUUUGUCUCAUCCACUGUGCCGUGUCCAUCCAUCAGGCUAUGCUCCAUCCAUUGUGCCUAGGUCCAAUCCAUCGCCUUGUGCUCCAUCCAUCAGGCCUAUGCUCCAUCCAUCAGGCCCAGGCUCCAUCCAUCGUGCCCAGGCUCCAUCCAUCAGCCUGUGCCCAUCCACUGUGCCCAGGCUCCAUCCAUCAGGCCUUUGCUCCAUCCAUCAGGCCCAGGCUCCAUCCACGUGCCCAGGCCCCAUCCACUGCGCCUGUGCUCCAUCCACAGGCCUUUGUCCAUCAGGCCUGUCUAAUCAACAGCCGUGCUCCAUCCAUUGCCCAGGCUCCAUCCAUUGCGCCCAUGCUCCAUCCAUCAGGCCUAUGCCCAUCCAUCAGUGUGCUCCAGGCUCCAUCCAUCAGGCCCAGUCCAUCCAUCAGGCCUAUGUCUCAUCCACUGUGCCUGUGUCCAUCCACUGUGCCAGCGCUAAUCCAUCGUGCCCAGGCUCAUCCACUGCGCCUUGUCCAUCCACUGUGCUCUUUUCCAUCCAUUGUGCUUGUCCAUCCAUCAGGCCCAGGCUCCAUCCAUCAGGCCCAUGGCUCCAUCCAUUGUGCCCAGGCUCCAUCCACCGUGCCUUUGCUCCAUCCAUCAGGCCCAUGUCUGAUCCAAUGUGCCCAGGCUCCAUCCAUCAGGCCCAGGCUCCAUCCACUGUGCCCACUCAGUGGCCUCCAUUCCAUCCAUCGUGCUCCAUGUCUCAUCCAUCAGGCCCAUGCUCCAUCCACUGUGCCUGUGCCCAUCCACAGGCUCCAGUCGAUCCACGCCUUGUGCUCCAUCCAUCAGUGCCUUGCUCCAAUCCACAGGCCCAUGCUCCAUCCAACAGUCUCCUAUGCUCCAUCCAUCGAACUGCCUCAAUCCAUCUGGCCCAGGUCUAA